UCACACUUGUUGAGUAACGUCUCUUCUCCGGCUCUCUCCCCGGUUCCUCCUCUCCGGUUCCUCGCGUCUUCUCUAACCGAGUCUUGCACGCGCGCUCCAGCUGCACCACGUCCGAGCGCGUCGACUGGAAGAAGAAGAACUUCCGUUCCGGAGACUUCCUGCCGCCGCCGCCGCGCGCAUCACUGCUUACCGGAUCGAUAAGUCAUCUUUUAUUCAUUCGGCUUCCCGAACGGGGAGGAAGAGGAGGAAGAGGAGGAGGAAGGGAAGAAGAGGAGGGGUCGCACGGAGCACGCGCGGCUUGCGGCGCCGCUGGGUGGCACCGCUGUCUCCGGCGGAGGGAACUCUGAUCUCAGCGCGGCGGACGUCGGCGACGUCGAAAGGUCCCCCCCCCCCCCCCACACACACACACGCAUACAUACGUCACCGCCUCUCCUGGAACUCCCACUCGGUGUUCCACGGAAGGUGGACACACGCACACACACACACACACACACACACACACACACACACACACACACACACGCACACACACCGGGAACAGCCGGCCCGAGAGACGCCGGCCGUAGCGCUCUCUCCGCCGGGCAGCAGCGCGGGUCCAGCCGGUGCUGAUGACCCUCCAGCGGGUCACUAACUAAUCCCGUUCCACAAAGUCGUGACCCGGUUGCCGACUUUGAUUUUGUGUGAUCUGGGCUGUGAGCUGCUGAGGCGGGAGGGUCUCACACACACACGCCGAGGACGGCGCCCUGUCGCCGGGGCUGCUGCGCCGCGGUGCCCGGUCGGGGAUGCCUCUCCGCCGGGUUGUUCUAUAGAGAUUCGGGCUCUUGUUGUUGUUGACAUGUCGGACCAGGACGCCGCGGACUGCCGGACAGCGAGCCCCCUGGCCGGGAAGAAGAGGGCGCAGCAGUCCCCCGGUGGUCUCCGGCCCCGGUACCAGGGCUCCGCCCCGGGCCACUGCCUCCGCAGGGUGACCCUCACCAAGCCCACCUUCUGCCACAGCUGCAGCGACUUCAUCUGGGGGCUCGUGGGCUUCCUGUGUGAAGUGUGCAACUUCAUGUGUCACGAGAAGUGCCUGAAGACGCUGCGCUCGCCUUGUUCCUGCAUGACGCCGUCUGCAGUCCGGGUUCCCGUGGCUCACUGCUUCGGCCGCGCCGGCCAGAAGAAGCGUUUCUGCAGCGUCUGCAGGAAGCAGACGGAGGGCCACGCGGCGCUGCGCUGCGAAGUGUGUGAGCUGCAUGUUCAUGCUGACUGUGCCGUCUUCAGCUGUGCCGACUGUCGCAGUUCUCACCUGGACGGGACUCUGGAGCAGGAUACGUUCCACCACCACUGGAGGGAGGGGAACCUGGCGGCGGCGGCGCGCUGCGACGUGUGCCGCCGCUGCUGCGGCUCGUCUGACGUCCUGUCGGGGGUCCGGUGCGAGUGGUGCGGCGUCACGAGCCACACAGCGUGUUACCUCAGCGUGCCGCCAGAGUGCAUUCUGGGCCGUCUGCGCGGCAUGAUGCUGCAUCCGGCCUGCGUCCGCCUCGACUCCCGGAACUUCAGCAAGAUGCACAACUACAGGAUCACGGAGGGCUGGGGCCAGGACCUGGAUAACUCUGAUGAUGUCGAUCAGGCGGCUGCUGCGUCCAAAGAGGUCCAACCGGCUCCAGAGUCAGGUAAACAGCUCCUCAAGGUGUUUGAUGGUGAUGACUCUGUGAAGCGCGGCUGCUUCCGAUUGGUUCCCAUCAUGCGAGCCACAAAGAACGAGGAAGUGGUGGAGGCGACGCUGAGGGCCUUCUACCUCCCCGAUGAUCCUCAGGACUUUGAGCUGCUGGAGCUCGGCGGCGUGCAGCGGCUCCACAGCGACGACGUCCUCAACCGCAACGGCGACCACGACCACCGGGGCCCCAACACCCUGAACCGGGGCUCCCUGAAGGAUGCAGGGGACGUCUGGCUACUGAGGGCCAAACCGCGAGACGCCGAGGUCAUCAAGGUGUACGUGGGCCGGCCCAGGUCGGGUGCAGCCUUCGUCUCCGUCUCCGUCUCUAAGACCAGCACAGCGGCGUCUGUCCUCAGCGAGGUCCUCAGUCUGCUCCACAGACAGGAUGAAGACGCGUCCAGCUUCAGCCUCGUGGAGAUCUACAUGAGCAAUAAGCAAGUCCAGAGACAGACGCUGACUCCUCAGGAGAAGAUUCAGGACAAGCUGCAGGAGAUCAGAAAGGUGUCCGUGUGUCAGAUGAACCAGACCCGCUUCUACCUGGUGGAGGACAGGAAGCGGGCGGUGCAGGUGGGCCUGCUGCUGGGCGGUCUGACCCCCCUGCUGACUAAAGACCAGUACGUGGAGCUGAUCCAGGACCAGCUGUCCAUCAAGAGUCACCUGGUGGCCGUCAGCCACGUCUACAGCACUCAGGGUGCGGUGGCGCUGCAGGUGUCGUGUUUCUCUGAAGCCGAGCGGAUCUACAUGUUGGCCAAAGACACGGCGGCCGGCGGCCGGACGCUCACCUCGCUCGUCAUCCCAGAGAUCACGCACGCCUCUCUGGGAGCCGACGUCUGCCCCCUGCUGGUGUUCGUGAACCCGAGGAGCGGCGGCAUGAAGGGCCGGGAGCUCCUCUACAGCUUCAGGAAGCUGCUGAACCCCCACCAGGUCUUUGACAUCUCCAACGGGGGCCCGCUGGCCGGCCUCCACACGUUCCGGGAGGUUCCCCGGUUCCGGAUGCUGGUGUGCGGCGGCGACGGCACGGUGGGCUGGGUGCUCGGCGUGCUGGAGGCCGUCCGCCACAAGCUGGUGUGCCGGGAGCCGCCCAUCGGCAUCGUGCCGCUGGGAACAGGGAACGACUUGGCUCGGGUCCUGCGUUGGGGGGCGGGGUUCAGCGGCGAGGACCCCCACCACAUCCUGGUCUCUGUGGACGAGGCGGACCAGGUCCUGAUGGACCGGUGGACCAUCCUGCUGGACCACCAAGACCUCUCCGGGGACGGCAAGGACAACGGCUUCCUGGAGCCCCCCAAGAUCGUGCAGAUGAACAACUACUUCGGUCUGGGCAUCGACGCCGAGGUCAGCCUGGACUUCCACCAGGCGAGAGAGGACGACCCCGAUAAAUUCACCAGCAGGUUCCACAACAAGGGCGUGUACGUGAAGGUGGGCCUGCAGAAGAUCAGCUGCAGCCGCAGCCUGCACAAGGAGCUGCGGCUGCAGGUGGACGCGCAGGACGUCCCGCUGCCGCACAUCGAGGGCCUCAUCUUCCUCAACAUCCCCAGUUGGGGUUCUGGUGCUGACCUCUGGGGGUCAGAGGUCGAUGUUCGCCACGGGAAACCCAGAAUCGACGACGGCCUGCUGGAGGUGGUCGGCGUCACCGGCGUCGUCCAUAUGGGCCAGGUGCAGAGCGGCCUGCGCUCAGGGAUUCGCAUUGCUCAAGGGAACUACGUCAGGCUGACGGUGAGCAAGCCCAUCCCGGUCCAGGUGGACGGGGAGCCGUGGAUCCAGCCGCCGGGUCAGAUCAUCAUCUCCGCCGCCGGACCGAAGGUCCGGAUGCUGAGGAAGUCGAAGCAGAAGCAGAAGAAGUCCUCGAGGGACGGUCGCUCUGAGAGUCCGUCCUCCAGAGACGGAGGACACUGACCGACCCGCCUGAGAGUCAACAUCCUGCCCUUCACCCCUUGCUGCUAUCUGGGAGGCCAUUUUGUUUCUGUGAGCUCCCUCUGAGGGACUGAAGGAGGUUUAACGUCCUGGAUCUCAUUUCCAUCCGGCUGACCAGGCACUGAUCACCGAAAGAGUUCACACGGCUAAUUUUCAGCAACUGAAUAAAAAAAAAAAGGCAAGAAUAACAAGUAAUUUGCAGAUUUUAAAAAUAUGAGUUCUGCAUAGAGAGAGACGAUUCCUCAGUACGAAUAAGCUUCAGAGUUUAAACAAAGUAAAUCUAUAAAAGUAUUUAACAGAAGUAGAUUUCUGUAUAUGUAGCAGUAGACUCAGCGUCAGGUAAUUUAAUUGUAAUAACUUUAGUUGUGAAGAAUAAUGUGCAGCUACAGAGAGAUUAUAACCUCGAUCAUGUUGUCAGGAGAGAAUAUGAAGAAACGGGAGAACUCCUGAAGACCGGCCGCUUCGCUAAGAAGCCGCAAACACAUUAUGUUUAUAUCUAAACUUCUUCUUCUUCUUCUUCUUCUUCUUCUUCUGAGCAGGAAACAAGACAUCUCAGAAACCACUAAGUGUAACUGGAGUCAAAGAUAAACUGUAAAGCCUGAAGCAGAGUUUGUAUUUCAGCUGUAAAUAUUAUGAUUUAUGAACCGAUAGUUCGUCCCCAAGUUUUAUUUUGCCUCAAAAUAUAUUUGCGUGUUACGAUAAUACCGUCGCACAAGAUUUAAACUUGUAACUUUUUUUGCACGAGAGGUUAACGGUUAACUUCUAAAAACAAAUUAUCUGAAUUAUAGAUAUUUUUUAAACGCCGGCUGCUUCACACCUUCUAGAAUCUUUGUGUCUUUCAGGUAGAAACUGUGCAAACUUAUAUAUAAUAUAAUAAUGUUUAAAAUGUUGUGCCAUUGAGAUUAAAGUACGCGAAGACAAACAAAUCUUUUUAGCCGGUUAGCAAAACAAAACCCAAUUAAUUGUUAUGGGUGAAUAAACACUGUAAAUCAAAAGGUAUACGUUACUAAAAUGUGUCCCUUUGAGGUCAGGUAGCAUCGUUAGCUAGCCAGAUAAUUAGCUGCAUUACUAGCUAAACAUAACCAGACAUAUAGCUUGGUUAGCUAGUUAGUGUGUUAGCUUGUUAGCUUGUUAGCAUGUUAGCUUGAUCCUUGGGGAUUAAUAAAAGUGUAUAUUCUUAAUUCGCCAUUGAACAUUAAAAAAAGUUAUUUACGGUCAUUUCCAAUAAGGGGAUUUAAUUAUAUUGUUCACCUCGGUAUUUAAAAUAAAGAACAACAAGAAGAUCUACAAUAAUUAUGUUUUAAAUUAGACUUUUAAACAUUUCAUCACAAAGACAGAAGAACCACAUUCCCGUAAAGAAACGUAAAGAAGCGUAAAUAAACUAAAGAAAGUUAAAGGAGCGUAAAAAAACGUAAAGAAAGCUAAAGAAAGUUAAAGAAGCGUUAAGAAGCGUAAAGAAACGUAAAGAAAGCGAAAGAAAGUUAAAGAAGCGUAAAGAAACGUAAAGAAAGUUAAAGGAGUGUAAAGAAACGUAAAGAAAGGUAAAGAAGCGUAAAGAAACGUAAAGAAGUGUUAAGAAAGUUAAAGAAGCAUAAAGAAAGUUAAAGAAGUGUAAAGAAAGUUAAAGAAGUGUAAAGAAGCGUAAAGAAAGGAACACUUGACUCUCCAUGAAGCCAACGCUGUAUUUCAUCUCUGGACUUUGGAUUCUUUCUUUUUUAAACUAACUGAUUUUAUUUUGGUGCUAAAAUAAAACGUUUAAAUUCUG